ACAUCGAAAUUUACCAGAAGAGGAUUCACUGAUUUCACAGCAAGACGCGAUCGCCUCAUUUUUUAGUGAUAAAUAAAAAUUACAUACAUGUAUGUGUAUAUCUAUAUUUGUUUAUGUAUGCCGGUGAAAAAUUAACAAAAAAAGAAUUAAAGUUUGAUGAUGGAUUAUUCUAAGCAGGUAGUGUUGCAGUUGCUUCUUCUUUUUGCAUACUCGAUUAAUGCUGAACCGAUCGGUAAAAGAGAAGCACCUUCAUUAGAUUACGGACCUCCACCCCCACCACCACCACCAUCAUCUUCGUAUAAUUCUCCAUCAUCGUCAUAUGGCCCUCCAGCACCUUCAUAUGGACCACCUGUACCUUCAUAUGGACCACCUGCACCUUCCUAUGGACCACCAGCACCUUCGUACGGACCACCAGCACAUUCAUAUGCACCGCCAGCACCUUCAUAUGAACCACCAGCACCUUCCUAUGGACCCCCAGAACAUUCGUAUGAAUCCUCAGCACCUUCAGCUCCGGCUGGUGAAUGGAAAAAAAAGCUGACAUGGAAAGAAGAAUGGAAACAAGUUUGGCUAACUAAAAAAAAACUAGAAUGGAGGCAGGAAUGGAAAAAAAUUAAAGUACCUGCAUGGAAAGAAAUUAAAGUCCCAGCAUGGAAAGAAGUUAAAGUUGAAGCUUGGAAAAAAGUUCAAAAGCCUGUUUGGGAGGACAUACAAAUUCCCGCUUGGAAGGAAGUUCAAGUUCCAGUCUGGAAAAAAAUAUGGAAGCCAGUUUGGAAUUUUGUUCAAGUGCCAGUAUGGAAAGAAGUUCAAGUAGCCGAUUGGAAACAAAUUUGGAUACCUGAAUGGGUUGAGACUCAUGAGGAUACGGUUCAAAGCUAUGAACCAUCGAUUUCAAGCUACAGUCCUCCAACACAAAGUUACGGUCCUCCAGCACAAAGUUACGGUCCUCCAGCACAAAGUUAUGGUACUCCAGCAUCAAGUUACGGAGUUCCUUCUCAUGAUUCUGGAAAUGGAUAUCACUAUGAUGCUCCAAUUCAAUCCGUUCCCAAAAAAAAACUUAUUUGGAAACCAGUUUGGAAAAAAGUAUGGAAAACGGAAAAAAAGCAAGCUUGGGAAUCUCAGAAAAAAAUGGAAUGGAAAGCUGUGUGGAAAAAAGUUUGGAAAACUGAAAAGAAACAAAUUUGGCAAACUGAUAAGAAACUUACCUGGAAAAGUGAAGAUGUAAAGGUAUGGGUACCGUCAAAAAAACAGGUGUGGAUACCACAAAAUGUCAAGGUGUGGAAAGAUGAGUGGAAGAGUAAGAAUGUACCCGUAUGGAAGAAUGUGCAGGUGCCAACAUGGAAGAAAGUCUGGAAACCUGUAUGGGAGAAAGUUUGGGUACCAGCAGAUUCGCAUCAGCAUCAAGAAGAACAUCUUGGAUAUCAACGAUGAGCUCGCUUUUAUAUUUUCCCUGGAUAUUUGUUGUUAUAAAUAGAAGAUUUUUUUCUUCUUAGUUAUAAGCUGUAAAUAAUAUUAUAUCUAUAAAAAUAAAAUAAAAAUAUAUUUCUA